GCGCUGUGGGCGGGGCUUUACCCUGCACUUGCGGAAGACAGCUCGCAGAUUGAAAGUCAAGUCCGAUUUGUAGAAAAGGUCUUGGACAUCACGAUCUAAAUCGUCAAGAUGGCAUAUGCAGAAGACAAGCUGUAUAAUGAUGUUAUAAGAAAAAUGAUGGGUAAUUUGGCGUCGAAAGUUAGAGUAAGAGAAAUCAUCGCUUUCUUACCCUGCCUCACAAUUUCUGAUCGGGAGGAGAUAGAAGCUAAACGAGAAACUGCCGGAAACUAUUGUGCUAUGAUGGUGCUUCUUGAUAACCUACGCAGACGAGAGAAGUGGCCAGAUCACUUUAUAAAAGCACUGCGAACAUGCGAGCAAGAAGCAUUUGCCAAUGAAAUCAGUGAAGCGUACGACAAUAUAAGGGGAAUUAACACCUGGAUGACAGCCCCUUCUGCUGCUUUAGAUCCUGUUCCUCCUGCAGCACCUCCUGCAGCACCUCCUGCAGCACCUCCUGCCCCUGCCCUUACUGCUGCUGCACCAACUCCAGCCCCAUCAGAAGCUUCAUCAACAGUUACCACAGUGACAAUCCAUAGACCCCCACACUUCACGCCACCUUUCUUGACACCUUCAGUGGAUGGCCCAGCUCAGAAAGCUUCUCCUUCUACUAUAAAUCCUACUCCAGGACCCAAUUCCAACAAAGGUGCUCCAGCAUUGACUGAAACCCCCACUUUAGUUUCAGCCCCAGAUGUUCCAGUAUAUGUUCCUACUGAAACAUCCCAUCUUACUGCUCUUACACUGACUCCGUCUAUUGAGCAAAGUGGAGUCGCAGUCGGUCAAAGAGAAACAUCCAAAGUGAAUGACGAAAUCUCAGCUGAUCCUGUACCUAUAAAUUCUCUCCAAAAGCCCUGUUCUAACAUAGCCUCUCCAGUUUUGACUUCACCCCCUUCCAUAGUUUCACCCCAAGAGGUUUCAAAACAGUCUCAGUGCGAACUAGCCCACCCUGUUGACCCUCCAGUGUUGGUGUUAGCACCACCUGUAAGGCCCCCUUCUCCAGUUCUUGCUCCAAAGGUGACUCCCCCUGUUGGGCAAAGUAAAGAACCAGCCCUAACUGCCGUUUCCUCAGUUGCUGCACCCACCCUUUCUACUAACCAAACAACCACAUCCUCCCAAGUUAACAAAUCUACCACCAUUUCCCAGCCUUCUGCUUCACCUGAGAAAAGCACAUUUCCUGCAGCAGCCACAGACAGUACCAGUUCUGUUAAAAACCCAGUCCAAGACACAAACCCUCCUGGGACUGUCUUAGACCAAGACUCACAGAACAACCCAGCAAUCAGUCAGGUUGUGAAGAGGGCACAAACUACAGUCGCUCAAAUCUGCCAGCCUCAGGAAACAUCACAGGUCAUACCUACAGCAUCUGCAGAUGCCAUUGCUGGCUGUAUGUCUAAUGUUACCACGGAAGGUGAAGAGAAUUUCAGCAAGCCUGGAAUCCUAACAGGAGAAGAACCUUUUUCAGUCGGUUCUGAUCUUCCACAGAUCAGCAAUGUGGCCACACACCGUUUACCAUUUCAGCCAGCUGCUCUUCAAACUGUGCUUAACCCCCACAGGGCUCAAGAACCUGUCGAAGUGUUGGUGUCACUCACUUCUGAUGACCUGAUGAUCAGCUCUUCCACCACAAGUGUUCCAUCACAGAUUGUUUCUAAUCCUAUAGUGCCUGUUCGACAUGACAGUCCUGUGACACUGAAAAAUGGCUUUGCAGAAGGUGAUAAUAAUUCCUAUCCCAAUCAGCCAGUGGAAGAUCACUAUGAGUCUGUCUGUCAAAGUUUGCAGGCAGAGCCUCGGAUAGGAAGACACAUUGUUAAGGUUUCAGGGGCAUCAGUUCAAAAUCUCAGUGGUCAGUCUCCAAGCAUAGUUAGGCCGCUCACAAAAGGUGAAUCGGAGAGUCUUGUUAAGUCUGUUUCUGAAGAUAAACCCAGCCAGUACAGUUCACAGAGCAUACAGAGAAAUAAUGCCACUUCUACUUCGGCUGCAGGUUUAGCACCCAACACAACACGAGUCAAAGCUUCUUUUCAAGAGUCAGAAUUAAAUGCUUCAGGCCUGGUUAACAUCGUUCAGUCAGAGCAGAGAGAAGACUCCAGUGGAAUGCUGCAUCGACUUCAGUCUAACUGGCACCUUAUUGCAGCUGCAGCUAUUGGUAUGACUGCUGUUUUUUUAGCCUUAAAGUUCAAGCACUAAUAUUAGGGCAGCUUUGCACAACCACUGGUGCCGUAAAAAGAAAUUAUCUUACCAUUAGACAUGUAACACAGGGAGGUAUUAGCCAUUCUAUUUAUUACCUGUACACUAUAUUGUGUCCAUUAACUGACCAGGUUUCACCGAUCAAGGUACAUUGCAUUUGACGUCCUUUAAAUCAGUAGUUGACCCUGUAAAACUUGGUAUUCAACCCCUUUGAUUUCUAACCUACAGUUAGUUAACUUAGCUGUGUGUGCAUUAUGUACAUGUUUAAGCACGUUUUCUUUUUCUUUUAUUCAAGCAUUUUCAGUCAGCAAAUCUGUGUUCACAUUGUAUUAUGAGCAUACUGCCUUACAAGACAUGCAUUUCCUGUGGCUUCUUCUGCAAUAUUCUGCACUCUAAUUGUAACUGUUAUAUAUUAUUGAAUGUUUUGUCGUUUAAUCCUGACAUUAGAGCACUGACUCCACUCGCUCCAAAAAUAAGACCGAAUGAAAUACCAUGAAAGUAAUUUUAGAGAUUUUUUUUCACCUUCAAACUGAUCCUUAUACAAAAAGCAGUAUAUAUAUGUAUUAUAAAUAUAUUUUAAUGUGGGAGAUCGCUCUUUGUACUAAAGCUGAGAGACUGAAUACAGUCUUAACCAAAUUUGACAGUGGAUGUAGGGUUUUUUCAAAGCCUUAUGCUUAUAUUAGUAAAUGAUCAGAAUUAAUAAGAGCUUUAUUGCCAAGUAUGUUUGCACUUACAAGGAGUGACAGAAGUUUCCAAUUGCAAUUUAUUAUUUUUUUAAUGAAAUUAUUCCAACACUCGUAUAUUAACCAUUUAUGAGACAAAUUUGUGUAGUCUAUACUGUUUUUUUGUAUUUUAUCAUGUAUGAUUUCAUGACCUGUCCACCUUAAUUCUAAUGUAUGUGUAAAGCCUUGCUCACUCAGAUGGGCCACUGCAAAAUUGCAGACAUGUUUGAUAUGUAGCCGAGUGCACAUUUAUGUAUAAUUAGUACCUGUCUCUCUUGGAAAUGUUUUAAUGAAUUGGAAAGUGUGUUGGAAACCAAGUUGUCACUUUAUUUAUGUACACCUUGAAUGGUAUUGAUACUGUUUGGGUUUAAAGAUAUAGACUGUAGUUCUUUUUUUUCUGUUUGUAGUUCAUAUGAACAGUCUGUCAGCUACCCUCUUACCUAUCAAUGAAGGGAAAGACACUAAACCAUAGGACCACCACUGAUCAGAUAUUUGGGUGGUGGAGAAAAUUCAGCUGGUAGUUUUCUUUUUGUGUUUGUGACAUUAUUGAAAAUUGUUAAACAACUGAGAACCACUAAUACAAAGCUCUAGCUAGUAGCGGCCCAGAAACAGAACUGAUGAAGAGCAAGAGAACAAUCGACACACAGUAAAUAAGAAUGACUAGUCUGGGAGGACUGUCUAGGGGCCAUUAAAUGUACACAAUUGGAUGUGCAUUGGAUGUUGUAGUACACAAAUCAUAUCUGUUCAUUGGUGGUUCUGUUGUGGAUUCUUUUUAUUAGUGGAUGUGUUGGAGGAUAACUGACAAAUUCCCCAGCAACAGAUGGGCUACAGUUAAAUUACACAUAUAAAACACACCCAUAUGCAGCAUGGGAAUGAAUUAACAGGCAAAAAUCUAAGUUACAAGUACCGAUAUAUAAACAAUUACAUAGGUGUCCUAUAAAGUGGCAAUUUGGUCUAUGCUCUGUAUGGGCUAUUUGCACAGACAUAAAUGUGUAUGUUUAUGAAUUAACUGUAAGCAAAGAAAAGGUGAAAAUAAAUAAAAUGGUAUCUGGGGAAAA